AUGGGUUCUUUUUUCCAAAGUGAGGAGAUGUGUCUCGUUCAACUCUUCUUCCAGACUGAGUCAGCUCACUACUGCAUCAGUGAGCUCGGCAAUCUGGGCCUCGUGCAAUUUAGAGAUCUGAAUCCAGACACGUCUGCCUUCCAGAGGAAGUUUGUAAAUGAAGUGAGAAAAUGUGAAGACAUGGAGAGAAUCCUCAGGCUGCUGCAGAAGGAGAUGCUGAAGAGUGACAUCGCUGUGGCCAGGGGCUCAGACACGGAGAGGGUGCCGUGUCCUCGGGACGUGUUUGAACUUGAGUCUACGUUUGAGAAGCUGGAGCAGGAGCUGAGAGAGAUCAACUCCAACAGGGACACACUGAAGCACAACUUCACUGAGCUCCUGGAGAUGAAGUACCUGCUGCAGAUGGCUGAGGACUUCUUCGAACAGGAGGGGCCGGUGAAGAAAGUUGUCUUCAUAAUAUUCAUACAAGGAGAUCACGUCCGCAGAAAGAUCCGGAAAAUAUGUGAAGGCUUCCAUGCUAGUCUGUAUCCCUGCCCAAAUAAACCUACUGCCCGGAAAAACAUGAGGGUCAACGUCAGCACUCGGAUUUCAGACCUCAAAAUGAUCCUGAAGAAGACGGAGGAGUACCGUCAGAACGUGCUGAGCGCCGCGGCCGGACACAUCCAGGACUGGAGCACCAAAGUGAGGAAGAUGAAGGCCAUCUACCACACCCUGAACCUCUGCAACAUAGACAUCACGCAGAAGCUCAUCGUGGCCGAGAUCUGGUGCCCGGUGACUGACCUCGCGUCAGUGCAGGCCGCCCUGAGGAAGGGAUCUGAGCAGAGUGGCUGUAGUCUGAGCCCGGUGUUGAACCGCAUCUCCACGAGCCACACGCCCCCCACCUUCAACAGGACCAACGCCUUCACCUGCGCCUUCCAGGGCCUCAUCGACGCCUACGGAGUGGCCGACUACCAGGAGAUCAACCCAGCUCCCUACACCGUGGUCACGUUCCCGUUCCUCUUCGCCAUCAUGUUCGGGGACUGUGGUCACGGUCUUGUCAUGAGUCUACUGGCCGUCUGGAUCAUCUACCAAGAGGAACACUUCCGUCAGCUGAAGAAUGAGCUGAUUGACGUGUUGGUGGGCGGGCGCUACAUCGUGCUCCUCAUGGGACUCUUCUCCAUCUACACGGGCCUCAUCUACAACGACUGCUUCUCCAAGUCCUUCAACGUCUUCGGUUCCUCCUGGAGCGUCAGGCCCAUGUUUCUAUGGGCCUGGACGAACGAGAGUCUCCAUGGUAACACUCACCUCCAGCUGGACCCUGCCGUGCCCGGUGUGUUCUCCGGGAGCCCGUACCCGUUUGGCAUGGACCCGAUCUGGAACAUUGCAUCAAAUAAGCUCACCUUCCUGAACUCCUACAAGAUGAAGAUGUCGGUGAUCAUCGGGGUCAUCCACAUGCUCUUUGGAAUCACGCUGAGCUUAGUGAACUACAUCUACUUGAGAAGCGUCCGUGACGUGGUGCUGCAGUUUGUGCCGGAGCUGGUGUUCCUGCUCUCCUUGUUCGGCUACCUGGUGCUGCUGAUCCUCUACAAGUGGUGCGCUGAUCUGAGAUCAGACUCGGCCCCCAGCCUGCUACUGCUCUUCAUCAACAUGAUGCUCUUCACCUACGAGGAGCCGCACAACGCCAUGCUCUUUGAGUGCCAGAAGCCCUUGCAGAUCUUCCUGGUGAUCCUAGCUCUGCUAAUGGUCCCUUGGCUGCUGCUGGCCAAACCCCUGCUACACUACAGGACGCACAGUAAACAGGCGAGAGCUGUGAGCAUGGGGGAUGUGUUUGUGUACCAGGCCAUCCACACCAUCGAGUACUGCCUGGGCUGCAUCUCCAACACGGCCUCCUAUCUGCGUCUGUGGGCGCUGAGUCUGGCUCACGCAGAGCUCUCGGAGGUGCUGUGGAAGAUGGUGCUCCACGUGGCGCUAGGCAACACCUCUGGCCUGGGCUCUGUGCUGCUGCCGCUGGUCUUCGCUGCGUUCGCCGCCCUCACGGUGGCCGUCCUGCUCGUCAUGGAGGGCCUGUCCGCCUUCCUGCACGCACUCCGCCUCCACUGGGUGGAAUUUCAGAACAAGUUCUACAAAGGAUCGGGUUACAAGUUUACUCCGUUAUGCUUCGACAGCCUAAUGAGUAUGUAGUGACAAGCUUCAUAACUCCAGCGUGGAGAUAGAGUUACACAGACACACAAAUCCUCCUUUUCUUGGUGAACCACAACAAGCUCAUUGACAGAUGGACACACUUGA